AGCUCGGCGACCGCGCAGGCCGCGGGAGUGCAGCCUGACCGGCUGGAGAGGGCCAGAUCGGCGUCAGGGUGGGGGAGGCGGCGGCACGACGACCCGCCUCCCGGAGCCGGGCACGGAGCAGAGGGUCAGACCGCGCUGGUGUCCGCCUCGUCCGGCGCAGCAAAGGGUGAUGGGCGUCUGGUGUUGGUGCUUCUCAGACCGGUCCGACGGCGGCCCGGUUUCGGCCGACGCCUUGGCGGCUCUGCCGCCGCGGACGAUCCGGCGGAUGGCCGCGACUCGGACGUCGACGCGGAGCCGUCGACACGACGAGUCGUCCGGAGGCAGUGCCGCCAGCAGCCCGGCUGCCUGGCCGGUCUGUUGGCGCUCGGCUUGCUCGUCUGCCUCCUCCUCGCCGCGCAUCACUUCCUCUCGCCCUUCACGCGACUCGCACUCACCUCCCAGCCCGGUCCGGCCGCCGCUCUCCGGCCCCACCACGCCAGCGUCCGAACUCAGCUGACGCCGACGGCAACGGCGACGCCGACGCCGACUGCCUGGCUCGCGGCGCCUCUCCACGCCCUGUCGUUGAUCGACGCGGUCUCCUCGACUAGCCAGCCUCUGUUGUCGGCUUGUCUGCGCGCCGGACGAGCCGUCUCGGCCGACCUGAUCCGGGAUCAGGCGGCUCGGCUCAAUUCGGUCUGGAUCAACGGUUGGGCGAGGCGACAGGAGCUCAGUUUGCGCAGGCGCAUGCUCGCCUACGCGGCUCGUUUUAGAAAAGAAAUGGUUAGUCGACCUCACUUCCAAGCCGCCAAAGGCUACAGACGCACUUUAUAG